AUGGUGGAGGAGAAGAGCACCACCACCACCACCACCGCCGCAGCGAAGCAGACGGUCAUCCACGUGACGGCCCUCGACGGCAUAGUGACGAUGAACUCCCUCUUCACCGCCGCCAUGUUCAUCGGCCUCUCCAUGACGGCGCCCGAGAACGCCACGACGGUGCUUGUCGCCGCGUGCACGGCCAAGCCGGAGACGGUGAGGCAGCUCAUCGUCUACGAGGUCCUCUCCUUCAGCUGCUUCCUCUUCUCCUCCCUCCUCGCGCAGUCGCUCAAGCUCCAGAUCAAUCUCCGCAACAGCAUGAAGGAUCCCAGCCAGGCCAGGAUGAACGUCCGCCACCUCAAGUACUGCCUCACCGCCGCCGCGGCCGGGUCGGUCGUCGGGUGCGUGUUCUUGAUGCUGUCGAUUGUCGAUUUUAUUAGGGUUAAAUUGGGGUCGCUGUCUUGCGGUGGGAAGCCGGUGACCGCGGUGGUGGUGCUCGUGGUCUUGGUGGGGUGCGGACUCUUGGUUUACGCGGUUACGGCUGUUCUUGCGCUCGUGACCGUGGACGAGGAGGAGGAGGAGGUCUUGCCUGAGGCUUAG